CAUCGCUGCUACCCACCGCGCCCUCGAAUACCACCAACAUUCCUUCCGUACACCAAUUUCUUCAGAACAGCAAAUACCACAUACAGAACCAUGGCGUCUCUCAGUGCUCAGCGCAAGCACAAGGUGACAGUUGUGGGCUCCGGCAACUGGGGAACCACCAUGGCCAAGCUUGUCGCGGAGACGGUCAAGGAGAACCCGUCUCUCUUUGACGAGACGAUACGCAUGUGGGUAUACGAGGAAGAGGUCGCCAUACCCAAGGAUUCAAGACACUACAAAGGCACAGAUAAGCCGGAGAAGCUCUCUGAAAUCAUCAACACCAAACACGAGAACGUCAAGUACCUCCCGAACAUUACGCUGCCGUCCAACGUCGUUGCUGUCACCGACCUCCCCGAGUCUUGCAAGGAUUCUACGUUCCUCAUCUUCGUCCUGCCACAUCAGUUCAUCGCCAGGACAUGCAAACAACUCGAAGGAAAGAUCCUCCCAUAUGCGCGAGCCAUAUGUUGCACAAAAGGCGUUGAUGUCAGCGAGAAGGGCAUCCGCCUUAUGUCUGAGACGAUCGGCAUGACCUUGAACAUCUAUUGCGGUGCUCUUUCAGGAGCCAACAUUGCCUCUGAGAUUGCGCAGGAGAAGUACUCCGAGACCACGGUCGCGUAUGACCCGCCGCCCAUGGAUUCGCGCAACCCCACACCAAGCGGCUCGCCAAAUGCUUCCCAGGUCGAUCUCAUCAACCCGAGCAAAGCAGUUCCUGGUCCACGCUCAGCGCAUCUUACGCCUCUCCCCGUAGAGUACCCUCCCCUGUCGCACGAGAACGUCCGGACCCUCUUUCACCGACCAUACUUCCAUGUGCGCAUUGUCAACGAUGUCGCCGGUGUAUCUCUGGGAGGAGCCUUGAAGAACAUCAUCGCCCUAGCAGCCGGGUUUGUUGAUGGUCUUGGCUGGGGUGACAACGCCAAAGCCGCCGUGAUGCGCGUCGGCAUAUUGGAGAUGGUCAAGUUUGGCAAAGCGUUCUUCGGCGAGAGCUCGCGCACAAGCACAUUCACCGAGGAGAGCUGUGGUGUUGCAGAUGUGAUUACAUCGUGCUCCGGUGGUCGCAACUUCCGCUGCGCGAAGAUGGCUAUCGAGCGCGGCAAGACGAUCUACGAGAUUGAGCAGUCGGAGCUGAACGGCCAGAAACUGCAAGGUACCAGCACCGCAUACGAGGUGAACGAGUUCUUGAAGAGCGAGGGUGUAGAAGAGGAAUACCCCCUCUUCACAGCCGUGUACAAUAUUUUGGAGGGCAACAACAAGCCGGAGGAUAUCCCGAGGCUCAUCGAGCCAAAGGUCGUCAAGCCAAAGUUCUGACUGAGCAUACCGCAGCGUGGCAAUCUGUGAAUGGACAGAUGGAGCACAUGCGCGAUGGAUGGGACGUACACUGUAACGAGACCAAAAUCGAUACCCAGGAAGAAAUUAGAACAUUCAGAAGGCUUGUAACAAUCCAAUAUCAAUUAGAA